AACCCGGCUCGCCGCCGCCGCCCGGGGUCCCUCCAGCUAGAGGUUCCUGCCCACCCCCACCCCCCCUUACCUCCUGCCAGGGAACCUUUCUGCCGCAGCCACACCGGCCCCUGGUUGGCACCAUGCACUCUUUGGACGAGCCGCUGGACCUGAAGCUGAGCAUCACCAAGCUUCGAGCAGCGCGAGAGAAGCAGGAGUGGGCUUUGGGUGGUGUCCGCCACAGGACCCUGCACCGGGAGCUGGGCUUGGUAGAUGAUGGCCCUGCCCCUGCGUCCCCUGGAUCCCCUCCUUCAGUCCUGGGCCACCCUGAUUGCCUCCCCUCCCACUCAGGAUUCUUGCUGAACCCCAAGUUCCCCGAGAAGGGGGACAGCCGCUUCUCAGCGGCACCGCUAGUGGAUCUAAGCUUGUCGCCCCCAUCGGGACUGGACUCUCCGGGUGGCAGCACCUCCCUGUCUCCUGAGCGUCAGGGUAAUGGGGACCUGCCACCAACUCCCGCUGCCCACGACUUCCAGUCUCUUCGUUACAUUGAUGGAGUUCCCAGUUCCUUCCAGUUUUUCUUGCCAUUGAGCUCAGGGGGUGCAUUGCAUCUGCCCUCCUCUUCCUUCCUCACCCCACCUAAGGAGAAGUGCCUCUCUCCAGAUGUGCCCCUGCAAAGGCAACUUGUCUGUCGCUGGGCCAAGUGUAACCAGCUCUUUGACCUGCUGCAAGACCUGGUGGACCACGUCAAUGAUUUCCAUGUCAAACCCGAGAAGGAGGCUGGCUACUGCUGCCACUGGGAGGGCUGUGCCCGCCAUGGCCGGGGUUUCAAUGCUAGGUACAAGAUGCUGAUUCACAUCCGGACUCACACUAAUGAGAAGCCGCAUCGAUGUCCCACCUGUAACAAGAGCUUUUCUCGCCUAGAGAACCUUAAGAUUCACAACCGAUCACACACAGGGGAGAAGCCGUACAUCUGCCCUUACGAGGGCUGCAACAAGCGUUACUCCAAUUCAAGUGACCGCUUCAAGCACACACGCACCCACUAUGUGGACAAGCCCUACUACUGCAAGAUGCCCGGCUGCCACAAACGCUACACAGACCCCAGCUCCCUGCGCAAACACAUUAAGGCCCACGGCCACUUCGUCUCCCACGAGCAGCAAGAGCUGCUGAAGCUCCGACCACCUCCUAAGCCACAGCUGCCCACCCCAGACAGCCCCUAUGUCAGUGGGGCACAGAUCAUCAUCCCCAACCCCGCUGCACUCUUUGGGGGCCCGGGCCUACCUGGGCUGCCUGCAUCCUUGCCCCUGCCCUUGGCACCUGCCCCCCUUGACCUCAGCACCCUGGCCUGUGGUGGGGGCAGUGGUGUAGGACCUGGUCUUCCAGGCCCCGUACUCCCCCUCAACUUGGCUAAGAACCCGCUGCUGCCCUCGCCCUUUGGGGCUAGUGGGCUGAGCCUGCCUGUUGUUUCUCUCCUUGCGGGCUCUGCAGGGGGCAAGGCUGAGGGUGAAAAGGGGCGAGGGGUGGUGGGUGCCAAGGCUCUGGGCACCGAAGGCCGCAAGAUUCCUGGGGAGAGGACUGAGGGUAACCGUGCUCGGUCUGGCCCAGAUGGACUUUCCCUGCUGCCAGGCACUGUGCUGGACCUAUCUACAGGUGUGAACUCAGCAGCUAGUCCUGAGGCACUACCUCCUGGCUGGGUGGUCAUCCCACCAGGCUCUGUGCUACUCAAGCCAGCUGUGGUGAACUGAUAUCCUGAGGCCAGCCAUGGCCAGGGAGAGGGAAAAGGACUGGACAGAGACUCCUCCCCUCAUCCAGUCGUGACGAACGGAAAUUCUUCUGAGAAAUAGCAAUAAUGUCCUGCCUUAGGACUUGGCCAUCCUCUGGCCUAGUCCCUGUGAGGUGGGCAGGAGGUAACCAGGACACAUGGGGAAGAGGUAGGCCUUGGCCUGGGGCUGGCUUCAUCUUUGUGUGUAGAGAUAAAACCCAUGUGGACAGAAAACAGGUCACUCUAGGGUCUCCUCACCUCCAUGACCUCUGGAAUGAUGGCAUGGAAGGCGAAAGGUAAAUCCCAUCAGAUAAAAAAGUGAAUUUUUGGCCCAUAGAGCGAGCGCCUUGGAUCCUAUUGACCUCUCUCCCAAUCCAGCUCCUCUACCUUCAGCAAAGGGUCUGGUCCCAACUCUCUUAGGGAGGGAACACCAAUACCCAGUCCCUUUUUCCAUGCUGCACCAAAUCUACUCUGCUCUCCCUCCUCAGUUUCCGUUUUGGAAUGCUGCUCCACAGUCUGGCUUUUGGCAUUCAGCUCUUCCCAUGUUUAUCUGGUGCCAACUGACCACUGUCGUAAGGCUCCACCAUCACUUUCUCCUUCCAGCCAGAUAAUGCUGCCUUCAUAUCCUGAAUGUGAGGGAGCUGGGUCAUAGGAAUAGCAUCCCACUCUAGCAGUGGAAGCCUCAUCCCUGCCAUUUCAACCCCAUGGCUACCAUGAACUACACGGGCCAGGAGAAUUCCAAUGGUCCCCCACAAGCCUCUCCUUCCGCCUCUUCAGAGCUGGCCCCAGCCCAGCUUUGGGAACAUCUACAGACCCCUCUCCUUCUGACCCACUUUUCAGAGGGAGAGAAAGACAGACGCAGACCUUGGCAGUGCCAUGGAGAGAACAGGUUCUUUCCCUUGCUCCCCCUUCCCCUCCCUGCUAAUUGACAAGGUAUCUCCCACCCUAGGGGUAGGGUGGGAGGGCUGCUCCCCCUAGCUCUGUUAACUUUGUGCUGAGGAAGAGGACCAAGGCAGGCCUAUCUCCCUCCUGCCCCUCUUAUAAAGCAGCAUCCCCAACAAGCUUCAGGGCACGUCCUUUUUUUUCCUGGCUGGAUAGAAAACUUGAGACCCAACUCUGUGGUUAAGGAGAGCAGCUCACAGGGCUGGGGCAUUCCCAUGGCAGGUAGAUGGCAAAUAUGGAGAAGGCAGGCCCUGGAAAUUCCUGAAUUUGCCUCUUCUGAACCCCUUUUGUUUUGAGGUUACAUUAAGAGUUCAACUAUGGUUCCUCAGGGUCACCACUCUGAUAUUCUCAUAGAAGACAACAGAGGAAUAUAGGUAUUUGUUUCGUCCUGAGGUAGUUUCCAGACCAGCCAUGGUGCUCAGUUGCCAAGUUCCCUGCUGUUACCCUUUUGUACAGUACCUCUGCUUGGGGGAAAAGGAUGGGCAGAGAACAUUAGGGGUGCUGUGCUGCCUCUAGAAUUCUAUCACCUUCCCUUGGGCAUCCAUUUCCCAGGAGACCCACUAAGCCCCUAGACUUUAGUGGGGGGAUAUCGAGAGGAGAAUUCAGUUCUAAGCUAGCUGAGCCUUUGCUGGGGCUAGCAGAAGAUUGCAAAGGCAUUGUCUAAACUCUAGCCAGGAAUUCUGGCUGCAUUCUCACAUUAGAGAAUUAGAAUGGAAGAUAACAAAAAGGUUGUUGGAAUUAGGAACCAGCAAGGAGGCAGGGCAGUAGCUAGGUAGGAUGUUCAGUGGAGGCAGCCAGAAGCAUGCUACAUUGCAGGACCAGAAGGAAAGUGAAAAUAGCACCCGAAGGGUCCAUGCCUUCAGUCACUGGGGUAUUUCAGAGUGGAAUGGAGCCAGCUUGCUAGAACAGGUUUCAGUAGAUAACUUUGGUUUGAGCCACCUGGUUGAAACUUUGAAUACUGGGGGUUGUGGUCUCAAAUCAACUUGCAUGGGAGGAGGUUAACCAUCUGUGAUCCUGAGGAAUUCAGUUGGCAGACAGCAGCAUAUGAAGAAUUUUGAGCUAUGCUUUAGGAAACCCGAAUUCUAGCCCCACUGUUUCCAUGAGUGGCUCAGCCUAAGCAAUUCUUUUUCUCCCUCUCCGUACCCCUACCCCCGUGCUGCUCCAAACCCCUUGGCCUUGUAAAACUUGGGAGAUCUACAGCCAGAGAAAAAGGGAUAUUGCAUGCGUUUUAUUUUUUUCCCCCACAAAGGCAGGGGAGUCUCUUGGUCGGCUCUCCUGGUGUGCUCCCCUCCUAUUUGUUUGAUGAUGGCUGGAAUUGCCUGACCUGCACCGUAAGUACUGUAAGCUCAUCUAGACUCUACAGAGCCAGAGAAGGCCUGGCCUGUACUGCAGGCAUGAAUAAGCUAAACAAACCCUUUAGAUGAGGGGGCACCUCAGCAGGAUGGCUGAGGUCCUGUCCACUCCCAUAACUACCUUCCCCAUUCCUCUCCGCCCUCCCUCCCUAUCCCAGCUAUGAAGCAGCAGGACGGCUCUCCCAAGAGAACAUAAUACUGGCUUGCCUCCCUCCCCAAGGGGGGCACUUUACCUCUUGCCUGGUGUCACAGAAAGAACACUGGACUGGGAGUCAGGAGAUCCAUAUAAAAGUCCCUGCUCUGCCACUGACUAUGUUUUGUCACAUAAACUUGCUGUGACUUUAGGCAAGGCACUUCUUUUGUCUGGGCCUCAGUUUCCUCAUUUAUAAAAUGAGGGGGUUGGACUAAAUGAUUGCUCAAGUCCCUUCCAGUGCUGACAUUAUUAGAUUAUACUUGCCUCUUCUCGUUUGGGUGGCUCAGUGCCACCAGCUCCCCCUGACUGCCCUUCUGUUACAGAGGGGUCACUCUGUCCUGGCCCUCACCUCUGCUGGGCUCUCAAAUCCCAGACUGUGAUUAGGUUACAGCAGCUGGGGUUUUCCACGGAAUAGGGAACCCAAGUAUGGAAGGAGGGAGCUGGUCUCCCUCCUUCUGUCCCCUACUAGGAACCAGACACCCCACUGUUAUCCCCCACCUAAGGGCCCCAGGCCUUAAAUAACUGGCUGGCUCAGUGCUAGGGCCCACAGUUACCCCUAGUCUGGGGCAUCUGCCCUUCCUGACUAGCGGGAGUGACCAUCAAGGGUUGGGGGUGGUGGUUUGAGAUGCAAGCCCAUGGAGAAUAGCAACAUGGCACUCAAAAGAGUUAACAUUAGCUCAGCAUGUGAUUUGGUGAUAGACUAGGCUUUAAAGGGCCGGUGUACUUUUUUUGUUGUCAUUGUUGGUUUGUUGUUGCACAUUCCAAGAUAUCAGUAUUUUAACAGUUUCUAAGUGCCUUUCUAUUGUAGCUUACGUUUUUCCUCCUCUUGGCUCCAUUGCUGUUAGCAUAGAGUUUAAAAAAAAAGAGAGAUAAGCUAAUGACUAUAACAAUAUAUUCCUCCAUGUGAGAGGAAGUUUAUAAAGAAACAAUAAAAGUGAAUUGCAAAGAUGA